AUGGCUAUUUUUAGUCUCCAUUUAGCUGGGGUGUCCUCGAUUUUGGGUGCAAUGAAUUUUAUAACAACUAUAUUUAAUAUGAGGGCCCCUGGGCUAACGUUGAAUAGAAUGCCCUUAUUUGUGUGGUCUAUCUUGAUCACUGCUUUUUUAUUAUUAUUGUCUUUGCCCGUAUUAGCGGGGGCCAUAACCAUGCUUUUAACGGAUAGAAACUUUAAUACUACUUUCUUUGAUCCUGCAGGGGGGGGAGAUCCGAUUUUAUUUCAACAUUUGUUUUGGUUCUUUGGGCAUCCUGAAGUUUAUAUUUUAAUAUUACCUGGCUUUGGAAUGAUUUCUCAAAUAAUACCAACUUUUGUUGCUAAAAAGCAAAUUUUUGGAUACUUAGGUAUGGUUUAUGCAAUGCUUUCAAUUGGUAUUUUAGGUUUUAUUGUGUGGGCCCAUCAUAUGUUUACGGUUGUUUUUAGCCAUUGAAAAUAGUAAUAUUUUUGAGCUUUGUCCUGCUAUAUACUGGCAAAAUCUUUUGAAAACAAAUGUUUGGCCGACAAGAUUUUUAUCUUAUAAAUUAAGGCGGCAAAGAUUGGGUUUUCCUAGGGUCAAUCAGUGGGAAACUAAGACCCUUUUUGGUGGAUCUUUUUUUUUCUGAGAAAGAGGAGUUUUAGGGUCCUUAGAGACUGCAUGCAGGAGAUUUAGACUUAAUAAUCAGUUUUUAAUUUCGCAAGAUUUUUCUUGAUGAAUGGGGUUUGUUGAGAUUGUUGGCUGGGGUUUUAUUACCAAAAAAAAGUUUUAUGGUGUCAGAGGCUUUGAUAUAAUGUUUUCAAUUUGGCGUAGUGUGGGGGAGGCUCAGCUUCUUUAUUACAUAAAAUGCCGAUUUGAAAAUGGACAUGUGGGCUUUUUAAAGUCGAAUGUCUCAGAAAGGUUUUAUCUUAUAGAUAAAAAGCCUACACUUAGUUUGGGGUUUUUACUGGCUUUUACUUUGGGUUGCUCUCAGGGGGGCUUUCCUGUUGGGUUUUUUGAAAAUUGAUUUGUGGGGCAAGUUGAUGGCGGGGGUCAUUUUAUUAUUAAUUUUAAGCAUAGUGGGAAGAAGGGUGCCCAAAAAGAAGUCGUUUUGUUUUUUGUAAUGGCACAAGGUCUUAAAGAUUGAUUCGUCUUGGAGCAACUUAAAGGUGGAUUAAGUGGGGUGUAUCGAUUUAAUAAAAAAGAUAACUUUUAUCUUUGAGAGGGAAAUCAGAGGGGGGUUUUGAUUAGGGCCAUAAAUCUUUUUAAGAAACAUUCUUUAUGAACUAAGAAAAAAAUAGCUUUUUUAAAGUGAUGAAAAGUAAAUGAAAAAUUUUAAAACGAAAGAAGAGGUUGAGAUUAAGGUACAGUCCAAGCUCGGAUAAGUUCCGACGUGGGGGGAAUUUCUAUAAUGGUUUCCUUAAUAUAUUAGUGGGAUGGAUGUGGACACAAGAGCAUAUUUUACUGCAGCAACUAUGAUUAUUGCUGUGCCAACUGGAAUAAAAGUGUUUAGUUGGCUGGCCACUAUCUUUGGAGGAACUUUGAGAUUAGACACUCCUAUGCUUUGGGCAAUGGGGUUUGUUUUUUUAUUUACAUUGGGUGGUUUGACUGGUGUUGUAUUAGCAAAUAGUUCUUUGGAUGUUGUUUUACAUGACACAUAUUAUGUUGUGGCUCAUUUUCAUUAUGUGCUCUCUAUGGGAGCCGUUUUUGCUAUUUUUGGUGGGUUUUAUUUUUGAGUAGGGAAAAUAACGGGGUAUUGUUAUAAUGAGCUAUAUGGCAAGGUCCAUUUUUGGUUAAUGUUUAUAGGUGUCAAUUUGACUUUUUUCCCUCAACAUUUUUUGGGCUUGUCGGGCUUCCCAAGACGGUAUUCUGAUUUUGCAGAUUCUUUUGCUGGUUGGAAUUUGGUUAGUUCUUUGGGCUCUACUAUUUCAAUAAUAGGAGUCAUUUUUUUCAUAUAUAUUAUUUAUGAUAUCUAUGUUUGAGAAGAGCAAUUUGUUGGUUGAACUGAUGAGGGUGAUGAGAGUUGGGCUUCUUUAGAAUGGGUUCAUGUUUCUCCUCCUUUAGUUCACACAUAUGAGGAAUUACCUUUUAUUAAAGAGAAUGAGGUAUAGCCAAAUGCGUAAACAUCUUAUUUGGUUUUAACUGUGUUGGACGCUUAUUUGUUAAUUGAUAGUUUUGUGAUUUAAUUAGGGGGCCGGCGAGCUCAUGUAGAGAAGACGAAUGGUGAGUCAUCGGGCUCAUGCCCCGAAGAAGUGGGUUCGAUUCCCACCUCUACACUUUUGGGUAAAAAGGAAAAAGAGAUAAAGGGAAAACUAAGAUAGGCUAAAUUGGACGGGAGAUUCGAAAGAGCGAAGAAGAAGCUUUAAACUCGUGUUUCAAUGCGGAGACGCAAUGAAGAGAACUGAAAAAUGAAACAUCUUAGUAUCAGAAGGGUACAAAGAAAUCAAACGAGAUUCCGUAAGUAGCGGGGAGCGAAAGCGGAGGAGUCCAGAAAGUGAGUAAAUAGUGGAAGAAAGGAGUUCACAUAUCUAAGACUAAAUGUUAGUCCUAUACUGAAAGCGUGAGUACUGUGAAGGAAAGUUGAAAGAGACUUGAAAAGAUCUGGAAAUUUGUCUUUUAAAGCAGCUGUAAAACAGCGUACCUUUUGUAUAAUGGGUUUACGAGAUAUCGUUUGGCAAAUUUAAAUAAACUUUCUUGCAGAUAAAAUGUAGGUGAAGAGAAGUCGAGAAGGCUCUUUAGUCAAAUUACCCGAAACCAAGUGAUCUAACCAUGGGCAGUUUUAAAGAACGAACCGGUGGUUGUGGCAAAAACCUCGGAUGACCUGUGGAUAGGGGGGAAAGCCCAAUCGGACUUGGAGAUAGCUGGUUUUCUACGAAAACUAUGUAAGUAGUGCGUUCACAUAGGGCAUUGUGUUAAUAAAAAAAUAGAAAAAAAAAUGAACAGAAGAACAUUAAUUUGUUAGACUAUUUAAUUCUUUUUAUUUAACGCUCUAUUAAAAUUUUAGGGUAAAGGCCUAUUGCUUUAAGGGGGAUAGACUUUGAAGGUAAAAUUUGAAGUGGACAGACAGACAGGGGGCGAAUAGGUCCGUUGUCAAAAGGGGAGAGCCCAAAUCAGAAAUUAAAGUUACAGAUUCAAUAAUUAAGUGUAAAAGGAGUAUGGGAUUUAGACAAUGAAGAGGUAGGCUUGGAGCCAGCCAUCUUUGAAAGAAUGCGUAGUAGUUCACUCAAGAACUCUUUUUCCCCAAAAAUUAUGGUGGCUAAAAAUUGAACUGAAAUUCUGAGGGCAGUAAGAAGUUUGCUUGGUAGUAGAACAGACUGUUAGAUGGUGGUGAGAACCCAAGAAUCAGAAGAGAUAAUGUGAACAUGAGUAAAAAAAUUGUUGCUUCAUCUCCCCUGGUUACCAAGCCUAAGGGUUUGGGUGAAACAGCCUCUAAGGAGGUUACCGAUGGGUGAUAAUAAUAAACGCAUAAAGUGCCAGGAAAUAAUUAUAAAUAAAUAUUACUGUUGCAAACUAACACAAGUGGGAGAUAGUGAGGGGAAAAGUUUUUUUAAGGAACUCGGCAAAUUUUUAGCUCUCAUUAGAGGGUUUAAACACAAGGCCUCGGCUGUUUACCAAAAACAUAGCUUUUUGCUAAUAUGAAGGUAGAAGUAUGAAAGGUGAGACCUGCCCAAUGGUUGUAUCUAAAAGGGUUGGUAAAGCCAACUUUAUAAAGACAAUUAAAUGGCCGCGGUAACACUGACCGUGAUAAUGUAGCGUAAUCAAUAGUCAAUUAAUUGUUGGCCGGUAUGAAUGGUGUCACGAGGGUCUCACUGUCUUAAGAAAAUGUCCAGUGAAAUUGAAUUUGUAGUGAAGAUGCUACAUCCAAAUUGUUAGACAAGAAGUCCCCAUGGAACUUUACUGGAAACUUAUGUGGCUUAAAUUAAUUUAUUUCUUACAAAUAAGUAGUUUUAAAAUGUGGUGUUAACCUCUUGGAUUAAUUGGGGUUAGAAAAGCUCACUCUUUUAUUUUAAGAAAGCCAACUCAAAAACUUAUGUCUUUGGGAUUGGAUAAGUGGGACAGUUUGGUUGGGGCGACCGCCUUUAAAAAAGUAACGAAGGCGGGCUUAAGAUAUAUUUUUAGUUAUGUCUGACUGCGAAGGGGGAAUCCUGAGCAGGCACUUAUUUUUAGGUGGGUUUAAGUGACCCGUUAAUUUAGGGUGAAAUAGUUAACGAUAAACAAAUAAAAGUUACCCUGGGGAUAACAGCGCAAUAACGUUUGAGAGUUUUCAUUGACGACGAUGUUUGCGACCUCGAUGUUGAAUUGCGGCAUCCUGGGGUGCAGUCGCUCCCAAGGGUUGGUCUGUUCGUCCAUUAAAGCCGUACAUGAUUUGAGUUAAAAGCGUGGUAACACAGCUUGGUUUCUAUCUACAAUUUGAAGAAACAUUGAUAUAACUAUUUUCUAGUACGAAAGGAUCGAAAAAUUAGUGGUUCUCUUAUUUUUAUAAGUUACAAUCAAUUGAUUGACUCGGAUACUUUUUGAAGGGGUCUUUUGGUUAAUUGCUGAUUGCUUCUAAAGUAUGAAACUUAUAUCAAGUUGUUUAAAGUUCUGAAGAGGAAUUAUUUAUUAUCAGGGUUUGGUUUUUAAUUAUACUUUAAUUACAUUAAUUGGUAUUGUUAUACGGGUUGGGGGGGGGGGGGGAGUAAAUAAUAGCUCACUAACGCCCCAGGAGUUAGAUAUGAUAACUUGUCAUAUUGUGCCUAGCUCAUUAGAAUUAUGAGAAACAAAGAUCUAGGGUGUAUAUUUGUAUUUUGUUUAUUUUAGUGGUGGGCGCCCUUGCUGCCGGUGUCGGAGGAAGAAAAUUAGGAGAAAAAGGUGCUGGAAUUUUAACUUCAAGCUGUUUAAUUAUAAGUUUAUCUUGGUCCAUUUUAGUAUUUUAUGAAGUAGUUUUAAGUUUUUCUACGACACAUAUAAAAUUAUGAAGGUGGUUAGACUCUGAUCUAUUAACUGUUUAUUUUGGCUUACAAUUUGAUAGUUUAGUCGCGAUUAUGUUACUUGUUGUUACAACAAUCUCUACUUUAGUUCAUAUUUUUUCUACAGCAUAUAUGGCGGGGGACCCUCAUAUUCCUCGUUUUAUGUCUUAUUUGUCUCUCUUUACAUUUUUAAUGGUUGUAUUAGUUAGUAGCGACAAUUAUGUACAAUUGUUUAUCGGUUGA